AUGGCUCUUGCAACUGCAUCUACCCAGUUCCUCCAUCUUGCGAACGUCUUCCGACUCCUCAGCCUUCGAAGCGAUGCCGAUGAUAUAAUUUUGGAGCUCCUGGGCAGGUUCUCGCUGGAUCGAAUAUACGCUGAUAGCAACCGUGAGAAGUUCCAACAACUUGUCAGUACUCUGCUAUCGCAACUCAACGCUGUCCUCUAUAUCCAGCGCCUAUCGCUUCCUUCGGACAAGGAGCAGGUUGAAGAAUAUGUGGGGUUCCUGGCGAAUUGGGAGACCAUAUCGCGGUCCAUAGAAUUCGUAUUGCAGGUUGUUCUCGAGGGACACGAGAAUCUGUUCAAUGUCCACCAGCAGCUGGAUGUGCAGCUGGCCGACCUUGUCUCUACAGCGUUACGUGUACUAUCAUUUCAUCCCAAGAGCCUUCCAGAUAUAAAGGAUCAGAAGCACCGGUUUGCUCGAAUCCAUCGGCUCCUUGAUAAACUACACGACCGUUACCCAGGCCCAAGACCAUGUCUCCUACUUAUCUGCCGAGACAUGGCUAAUGCGUUACGUAUGGAUCCUACAUCGCUCCCGCUGCCCACAAAGCUGAUGAAGGAGAUGCCCAACUUGGCCCUGGAUUUGGUUGCUGACCGUAUAACGAAGUACCCAUUACAUGACUGCUUGUCGGAGCGAUAUGUCUCUACUAUUGCUGAGCAGGAAGGCCCCUUUAACAAUUGGCUGACACAGUUUUUGGCUCUGAGAGAUAUCACUCAGUUCGUUGUUGGCGCCUCGAUUCAGUAUGCAGUUUCGGAGGAGACUGAAGACUUUGACCUCCCAGCCUCAUGUGCCAAAACUAGAGAUGCAAUUCUAUCCAGUCUGGAUAAAAUAUACAUGCCCAACAAUUACCCAAAACUAGAAUUGCUGUCCAUGUUUAGCGAAGCAUUCCGAACUAUUUUGCCAGAUACACCCCCAAUCAAUGGAUUCCGAAAUUUAUCAGGGCUUCUUGGUGACGUCAAUGGCGUAGAGGCCAUCAAGUCAUUCUGUUCAUCGCUUUCAAACAGACAAAUCAUACAUCGAUCAAGCGACGGACCUUUGAUGCAUGCAAUUGCAGAGGUGAACAGACGCAUAACUCUUCUUGAUGACCCAAAUGAGACUUCCGAGGACAUGGUACCUCGAGUGCCCCGAGUAUAUGCGCUAAAUUGCAAGUCCUGCCACCUUGCUGGAAAUACUCAAUUACGGGUUCUAGAGCAACUUGAAUUUCCGGUGCGUUUCUUCCGUGCAACUCUCUCUGUAACUCUUGCGCGCGAGAUACCCCUCAUCAGAGAAACAUGGGAGCUACUAAAUGAUGUUGAAUACAAUGCCGAUCCUCCCAGCGAGCUACGGCACUUCUCCCCUCCAUAUCAACUCUUUCCACCCAAAGUUCGUGACGUCAACAAAUAUACCUUACGUUUUGAUUCCGGUAAAACUGAUAGGAGAUCUCCUACCACCGCUACUAGCAUAUCACCAGUGUCACCCGAUACAAGGCACGCUUUUGAAGAUAUUCAUAAUCAAGAACAUUCAUUAGGGUCAAUAACGGAAGUGGUUAGCCCUGACGCUGAGAUUUCUAGACAACAUCUUACCAAUACAUCCGACCAUUCCGCCCAUAAUGGUUCUGAGACCCAUCGCAAGCAACCGGUUAAGAUAGCAGAUAUCCAUCGUACGGCAAGUCAGCAUAGUGUUUCACCUCCCCGCCUUGGUACCUCGACCUCAGGGGAUGCAAGCUCCCAUUCGUCUGGAUCAAUGGAAAACCAGCGACCAGAGGAAAUCUGCCUGAAGAAUCUGACUAGUGCCGCAAAAUCCCAAGGAAAAGGGAAGGUUUCAAAACUUAUGAAUGUCAGUCUUUCACAGAACAGCACCAAUGCCCUAUUCUGGAUGCCCUCGACAAUUCAAGUAUGGGAUGUUGGUGUGACGCCUGCAGCCGUGACUAGGAUCAUUCCCACCGAAGGCUCAUGCCUCCUUGCUGCUGUUACGAAAAGAUAUCUAGCGUAUAUCGUUGGAAGCAAGGAUCAAAAACUCACGCUUCGAAUCACCAAUCUUUCUUUCCCCACCGCUGCACCCCUGGAAUAUCAAAUGCCUUCAUCUCAGUGGUGUAAGAGCAUUGCCAUUUGCCCAAGAGAGUCACACGUUGCUGUCGGAUUUGAGAAUGCCACUGUUCGAUUCUUUAAAACCACCAUGUUUGAGCCCCAAAGGGAGUUCCGUCUUCAUAACCGAUACCAUACCCCUAGCGAAUGUGAGAAGUGUCCACCUGUCGACACUCUCUCAUUUUCGCCAGAUGGGGAGACGCUCAUAGCAAGCACAAGAAAUGCGAAAGGCGUAAUACAAACCUUCCUUCGUCGAGCAUCAACGUUCACUUUCCAAGAGCUCUCCAACUGCCACUAUCCUAUUCCACUACAUGAGUCGGAAGAUGGAGGAAUUUCGUCAGUCCUGUAUAGGCCCGGCGUAGGUGGAGAAGAUGACUUGGUGUGUAUCACAACAUGGACACAAUCAGGUACACCGUUAUUGUUGUCUCCCAAGACUGGGCAUCGGGUCGAGAUCAAAGCCGAUGGCUCGGGACAUGGACGUCGUCUCGGCACACGGGUACAAUGUGGCGCUUUCUCCUUAACUGGAAAACAGCUCGGCAUGGUAAACGACAAAGGCCACCUCUACCUUGUGACUAACCUUAACUCAAGUGUGAUGGAAGCACGAAGGCUUGCUACUACCAAGGAGCUUACCGCAAGAUGCAGCUUUUUCGCGAUGUCGUUCAUGGUACUCCAGGGUGACGAAUCAAUAGUCCUCGCUUGGGCAGAUGUGAACAAAAGUGUGGGUUAUAUUCGCAGGAUACCAAUUCCAUUUACUGUACGUAUACAGCCCAACCCCGCUUGCUUCCCGUGGUGA